AUGUGUAAAGUGAGAGGGGGGCGCUGGCUCUACAGCGGCCCUCAGCUCCACAGACGAGAGCUGCCAGAGCUGCAGCUUCUCCUCUCCUCCUCUCCUCUGGUGAUGGAGACUCACGACGGAGCAGACUUCUGUUUUCCAGAGCUCAACACCUCCUGCAGGAAGCCGAUGCCUCCUUGGUCCGACGCGUUGCUCCUGAAUAUUCUGCUGUCGUCUGUGUCUGUGCUCACUGUCGCUCUCAACCUGCUCGUCAUCAUCUCGAUCUCACACUUCAGGCAGCUCCACACUCCCACUAACAUCCUCCUCCUCUCUCUGGCUGUCUCAGACUUUCUCGUGGGUCUCCUGCUGAUGCCGGGAGAAAUCCUCCUGAACACAGUCUGCUGGUAUCGCGAUGAUCUGAUGUGUUCCCUGUGUAACUGUGUGUCCUUCAUCAUUACCUCUACUUCAGUAGGAGACAUGGUGCUCAUAUCAGUCGACCGUUAUGUAGCUAUUUGUGACCCUCUGCAUUACACCACCAGAGUCACUGAGAGAAGAGUUAAACUCUGUGUUUGUCUGUGUUGGUUCUGUUCUGUUCUCUACAACAGUCUCAUAGUAAAGGAUGACCUGACUCAUCCAGACAGACAUAACUCCUGUUAUGGAGAAUGUGUGAUUGUCAUUGAUCAUACUGCAGGAGCUGUUGACCUUGUUUUGACCUUUGUUCUUCCCAUCACUGUCAUCAUAGUUCUGUACAUGAGAGUGUUUGUGGUGGCUGUGUCUCAGGCUCGUGCCAUGCGCUCUCACAUUACAGCUGUCACACUGCAGCGUUCAGUGGCUGUAACCACAAAGAAAUCUGAGUUGAAAGCGGCCAGGACUCUUGGUGUUCUUGUAGUUGUGUUUCUAAUGUGUUUCUGCCCACAUUAUAUUGCUGUUCUUGCAGGAGAUGACUUGCUCAAUAGCUCAUCUUCAGCCUGUGUGCUCUAUAUCAUCUAUUUUAACUCCUGUCUAAACCCUAUAAUCUACGCCUUGUUCUACCCCUGGUUUAGAAAAGUUAUCAAACUGGUUGUCACUCUGCAGAUUCUGCAGCCUGGCUCCCGUGAGGCCAACGUACUGUAG